AUGGGAGAAUCCAGACAGGAACUGCUGGCAUGGCUUAACAACCUGCUGCAGCUGAAUCUCACCAAGAUUGAGCAGUGCGGAACCGGUGCCGCGUACUGCCAAAUCUUCGAUUCGAUAUUCAUGGACGUUCCCAUGGCGCGUGUAAAGUUCAAUGUCAACACUGAAUAUGCUUAUCUUCAGAAUUUCAAAGUCCUCCAGAACGUGUUUGCCCGCCAUCAGGUCGACAAGCCGAUCCCCGUCCAACAGCUCACGAAGUGCCGCAUGCAGGAUAACCUCGAGUUUCUCCAGUGGAUUAAGAAAUAUUGGGACCAGCACUACCCCGGCGGGGAUUACGAUGCGGUCGGUCGUCGGAAGGCUUCUGGUGGUCCUCCCGCUUCCGCGGCAGGCAGUCGUUCUGGUGCUUCGUCGUCCACCGGAGCCACAAGGCGAGGAGCUACUCCCACGACGGGCGGUGUCCGUCCCCGGGCUGCCGCAGCUCCCAGCGGUGCCAAUGUGGCUGCGCUGCAGCAGGAGAUUGCGACUCAGAAGGAGGCGAUUUCCGGAUUGGAGAAGGAGCGCGACUUUUACUUUGCCAAGCUUCGUGACAUUGAGCUGCUGUUGCAGAACGCCAUCGAGGCGGACCCGGAGCUGGAGAAGGAGGAGGAUACUUUGGUGAAGCACAUCCAGGGCAUCUUGUAUUCGACAGAGGAAGGAUUUGAGAUCCCAGCGGAAGCGGAAGCGGAGGCCGCCGAUGAGCUGGAGACGUUCUAA